ACCUGCGCGCUGCGCUCUUGCCUCGGCGAGUUCAGUUGUCCUAAGGGGCCCGACGGGGUGGACGGGCGAUGGCGGAGGCUGCAGCGCGGAGUUUGCGAGGGCCUCGCUGCUUGCUCUGGGCGUUGCUGUGCGCUGGAUCCUGGUCCUUGAUAUCAGCUCAAACCCCACAGGUGAUUCAAGUUCCUGAAAAUCAUUCGGUAAACCUGCCAUGUAAAGCCAUAGCUGGACAAGGUACACCAUCGCGCCUGGAGUGGAAAUUUGAGGGUUCCGGUAACAGAGAGUUUGUGUACUAUCAUGACCAGUUGACAGAUAACUACAAAAACCGUGCUGAAUUCCAUCUCAAUGAGAUUUAUCUCAAGUCAGCAACCCGCCAAGACUCGGGGAAAUACACUUGUCAGGUCGUUGGCGACUCUGGGCUUUCUGAAAGCGUAGUGGAUCUCAUUGUCCAAGUUCCACCAUCCAAGCCAAAGGCUGAAGUGCCCUCCUCAGUAACCAUCGGCAACAGAGCUGUCCUUAGUUGCGUGGAGACAGAUGGUUCCCCACCACCCACCUUCAAGUGGUACAGGAAUGACAUCCUAAUACCCACGGACCCGAAAACCAACACCCUCUUCCAGAAUUCAUCCUACACGCUUGACUCCAAGACGGGGGUGCUGACAUUUGAGCCUGCGACCGCCUUUGAUGCUGGAGACUAUGCUUGCGAGGCCGAUAACCAAGUUGGUACUUCACAGAAGUCGGAAGCUGUUCGUAUGGAGCCCAGCGAAGUCAACGUGGGCGGCAUCGUGGCAGCCGUGGUGGUGCUUCUUAUUGUCUUCGGGCUAGCAGCCUUUGGCAUCUGGUUUGCCUACAGCCGGGGGUUCUUCAAAAGAAGAGACACCACCAACAAGAAGGUCAUUUACAGCCAGCCUUCCACCCGGAGCGAUGGUGAAUUUAAACAGACAUCGUCCUUCUUGGUUUGAUCUCUGCCCUGGGCCUGCCUUGAGGCGUGUAUUACGGCCAUCCUCCUUGACCUGUUGUAAAUGUUCCUUACGAAUCCUUGUAAUUAAGUGUGAUUUUUAACCUGUUUUUUUAAAAUGUAAGAGUACUUUUCCAAUUUCUGCACCUUUUAACCUUAAUUUAAAGGACUGUCUCAGAAGGUUUUUUUAAAGGCGGUAGUUCAUAAUCUCAGUGGAGACCAGAAGAUCCAGACUACCAAAGCUGCUAAAUAAUACCGCCCCCCCGCCUCCACAUAUCUGGUUCCUGUAAAUGGCUCAACUGACUUAGGGGUAGCGGGAGAAUGGCACUCAGCGGUUCUGAGUGGGUCAGAGUGGGUCAGAUCAGGAUGCUUGGACCUCCUGCUUCUGCCUUUCUUCCAAAGAGGAGAAAAUAAUUUCUAGGAAACAACAAAUGAGGAAUUGCUUUGUUAGUAGAAGACGAAAUGUUCACAUCUACAUGUGCUCUUUCUACAAGGGGCAACCUACGGUCACCUAAGAAAGAUCCACACGAUGCUGUUUAGACUGUCAGAAAACUGAACAUGUUAACCAGCACCAGUGCAGAGUUCAUUGGGAAAUGAGUGGUCUGAAGCAGCCCAAAGUCUGAAUUAGGAUCACGGCCUUAUAGGAAGGUUAAGGUAGUCCCCUGUGCAAGCACCGAGUCAUUACUGACCCACGGGGGACGCCGCAUCAUGACGUUUUCUUGGCAGACUUUUUACAGGAUAGUUUGCUAUUGGCUUCCCCAGAUGGCCUUAUAUGGUGUUGUAAAGUUUUAGAACCAAGAAGAAUUUUUUCUGCCAGGUCCUUUUAAACCUUGAGAUUGCUACCAAUGCGUGCCUAUUUAUAAAUAUUGUUUGACAUUCAUGUGUAAUUUUAUCUACUGACCAAUUGGAAAUAAAGUUGGUGUGUUUUUUUUUUCA